AUGGUGAACGAAACACCAGAGGUUGUUAAAAUUAACAAAUGGGAUGGAGCCGCUGCUAAAAAUGCUAUCGAUGAUGCGAUCAGAGAGGUGUUUACCGGUGAGCUGAAAUGUAAGGAGAGUUUUGCUCUGAUUGAUGGCCGUCUAUUUCUCUGCGCCCUGGCUGUAGGAGUGGCCCUUUAUGCUUUACUCUGGGACUAUCUGUAUCCAUUCCCGCAGUCCAAGCUCGUCCUUAUCAUCUGUGUGUCCUCAUAUUUUAUUUUAAUGAGCAUCUUAACUUUAUACACAACAUUCAAAGAAAAGGGCAUUUUUGUUGUGGCUAAAGAGAAAACAGGAAACAACUCAAGAGUCUGGGAAGCAAGCUCUUAUGUUAAGAAGCACGAUGACAAAUACAGUCUUGUUCUAGUAAUGCGUGAUGCUAACGGCAAAACCCGGGAGGCGACCGUAAACAAAUCCUUUGCUAACUACAUUGAUAACAACGGAACUGUUGUUCAGAGCGUCAUCGUCAAUGAAAUCACCAAGCUCUACAACUCUUUGUCUUCGGAGAAGAAGGAAAAGUGA